CCUCCCUUUUUUUUCUUCUUCGGUGAAGGUGGAAGGUGUGUGUGAGCUGAUGUGGAUCCAGUGAAUCCAGCAGCAUGGAUCAGUGGGAGGAACCACAGGAGGGAGGCCCUCCCUCUAAAAGCAGAGAUGGUAACCAUGACAACCAGAGCAAAGCUCAGAGGAACCAACCGGGACCUGGAUCUAAAUCCAGCUGGGGGUCCAACAGGAGUGACAUGUCGAAGGAUUUACCAAUAAACUUAAAAGACAUCAGUUCAGGAGUGGAACAAGGUCAACAGGUCACACAGAGAGUCCAGUCUGCAGCCUCCAGCUGUGGAUCCAAGAAGAGGGACCGAUCCAAAGAUGAUCCUCCAGACUUCAGAACUGAACCAGGACCUUCAGACUCACAUGUCCACAGAGAGAAGAAGAGGAGCAGACCCCAGUCUGCAGAAAGACCCAGAACUGCAGAUGUUGGUCUGCAGGAGAUGUUUGGAGAACAUCAGAUCAGUCUGAGGAGCAGAAGUGAACAUGUGGCUGAAGGAACUGAAGAAGCAGGAAGAGAAACGCUCCUCAACAGGGUCUACACUGAGCUCUACAUCACAGAGGGACUGAGACCAGAGGGUCACACCCAACAUGAGGUGAUGCAGCUGGAGACCACCACCAAGACCAACCAGCUCCAUGACACUGCAAUCAAGAACCCAGACAUCUUCAAAGUCCUCCCUGACCAACACAGAUCCAUCAGAGUGGUUCUGACCAGCGGAGUUGCUGGAGCUGGAAAAAGCUUCUCGGUGCAGAAGUUCACUCUGGACUGGGCCGAGGGCUUGGAGAACCAAGACAUCAGUGCUGUGGUUCCUCUGUCCUUCAGGGAGAUGAACUUGAUCAGAGAUGAGCAGCACAGUCUUCUCACUCUGAUCCAGCUGUUCCAUCCAACACUCCAGAAGAUCCCAGCAGAACAGCUGUCUGUCUGCAAACUUCUGUUCAUCUUUGAUGGUCUGGAUGAAAGCAGAUUUUCUCUGGACUUCAACAACAGUCCGGUGGUGUCUGAUGUCACACACAAGUCCUCAGUCAACGUGCUGCUCACUAACCUCAUCCAGGGACGUCUGCUGCCCUCAGCUCUGGUCUGGAUCACUUCCAGACCUGCAGCAGCCAAUCAGAUCCCUCCUUCAUGUGUGGACAGACUGACAGAAGUACGAGGCUUCAAUGAUGCUCAGAAGGAGGAGUACUUCAGGAGGAGGUUCCCAGAUGGAGAGCUGUCCAGCAAAAUCAUCUCCCACACCAAGGGCUCCAUGUCCCUCUACAUCAUGUGUGAAGUUCCAGUCUUCUGCUGGAUCACUGCUGUGGUUCUGGAGAACCUGCUGACCACAGAGCAGAGAGGAGAGCUGCCCACCACCCUGACUGACAUGUACUCCCACUUCCUGAUGGUCCAGACAAAGAGGAAGAAGAACAAGUACCAGCAGGAACAUCAGACAAGUCCACAAGAGCUGACAGAGACUGACAGGGAAGUUCUUCUGAAGCUGGGGAGGCUGGCAUUUGAACAUCUGGAGAAAGGAAACAUCAUGUUCUACCAAGAAGACCUGCAGCAGUGUGGUCUGGAUGUCACAGAGGCCUCAGUGUACUCUGGAGUUUGUACUGAGAUCUUCAGAAGAGAGUGUGGGAUCUUCCAGAAACCGGUCUACAGCUUUGUUCAUCUGAGCGUUCAGGAGUUUCUGGCUGCAGUCUACAUGUUCCACUGUUACUCCAACAGGAAGGUAGAGGUCAUUGAAGACUUCCUCAAGAACAACAUGGAGAACCCAUCCCUGGAUAAGUUUCUGAGUAGAGUCAUGGAGAAAUCCCUGCAGAGUCAAAAUGGACACCUGGACCUGCUGGUUCGCUUCCUUCAUGGUCUCUCUGUGGAGUCCAACCAGAGACUCUUAGGAGGCCUGCUGGGUAAGACAGAGAAGAAUCCAGAAACCAUCCAGAGAGCCAUCAACAACCUGAAGGAGAUUGACAGUGAAGGAGUCUCUCCUGACAGAAGCAUCAACAUCUAUCACUGUCUGAUGGAGAUGAAGGACCUCUCAGUUCAUCAAGAGAUCAAAGAGUUCCUGAAGUCAGAAAAGAAAUCAUGGAAGUAUCUCUCAGAGAUCCACUGUUCAGCUCUGGCCUACACUCUGCAGAUGUCAGAGGAGGUUCUGGAUGAGCUGGACCUGAACCAGUACAAGACAUCAGAUGAGGGUAAACGGAGACUGAUCCCAGCUGUGAGGAACUGCAGAAAGUUCAGAAUUCCAGGACAAUUUGGACUCUCAGAGACUCACUUUGAAGUUGUGGCUUCAGCUCUGAAGUCCAACCCGUCCCACCUGACAGAACUGGACCUGACCAACAACAUCCUGGAGGAUGCAUCAAUGAAGGUUCUGUGUUCCGGACUGGGGAGUCCAAACUGCAGACUGCAGACUCUGAGGUUGCAGAACUGCAGUUUGUCAGAGAUCAGCUGUGAAGCUCUGGUCUCAGCUCUGAAGAAAAACCCGUCUAAUCUGAUAGAACUGGACCUCAACGACAACAAAAACCUGCCGGAUUCAGGAGUUCUUCAUCUGUGUGGUUUUCUGGAGAGUCUAGACUGCAGACUGCAGACUCUGAGGUUGGUGAACUGCAGUUUGUCAGAGACCAGCUGUGCAGAUCUGGUCUCAACUCUGAAGAAAAACCCGUCCAAUCUGACAGAACUGGACCUGAGUUUGAACAAGAACCUGCAGCAUUCAGGAUUUCUUGAUCUGUGUGGUUUUCUGGAGAGUCCAGACUGCAGACUGCAGAUUCUGGGGUUAUAUGGCUGCAGAUUGUCAAAGACCAGCUGUGCUGCUCUGAUCUCAGCCCUUAAGUCCAAGUCGUCCCACCUGACAGAACUGGAUCUUAGCUCCAACGACCUUCAAGAUUCAGAUGUUCAGCAGCUCCAGGAUCUGGUGGAGAGUCCAAACUCCAAACUGCAGACUCUGAGGUGUAGGUUGUUUGACUUAUGAUCCUCCUAGAGGAGCAGAGAGGAGCAGCAGCAGCAGCUGGUCUGCAGAGAUGUUGUGACUGGACGGUGUUCCUGGGAGGUGGAGAGCAGAGUGAUGAAGGAAUCAGAGGAAGUGGAGAUGAGUGUCAGAGCUGCAGCAGGAACUGAUCUGAGAUCAGCUCCACUGUCUCUCUCAGCAUCAAGUGGACAGUUAUUGUGCUGCAGCUCCCCCGGUGGACUGAUGGACAACUGCACUUCCUCUUCUCAUUCUACUAUCAUCACUCAUCACUAUGGGGUCAAACUAGGAUAAGCUUAAAGUGAAUGAAAAACCAGAUUGUAAAUUUGAAAAACAAAAUUGAAAAUUUGAAAGCACUUUUAAACUCAAAAGUUCACAUUGCAAACGUGAAGGAAUUAUGGAAUUUUUGAAAAUAAAAUUGAAAACUUGAAAGAAAUAUAAAAAAAUUCUAAACUUAAAAAGAAGAAUUGAAAUGAAACCUGAGACUGUUACCAAAUGAAAAAAAAAUAAUGUUUAUGCAUUUCGAACUUUUUUCCCGUUUCUCCCUCUUUUAGCUCAUUGAUUACCAGGACAUGAUUUCCAAUCUGGUGACAGAGGGGACCCAUCACUAAAGAUUUUCUACACUUUUCACAACUUUACAACCUUCAUAGAAAACAAGACCAGAAUCAGAAUGAAAACAAGAUUCCAAUUUUGAUGAAGAUUAGGUGAAACGCGGCACGUAGAAACUUGAUUGAAAAGCUAAACAGCAAAGUCGGACUGAAAAAAAACUUAAACAAACAGGAUGACAGCGAAAGGAAAACAGCAAUAUGGCGCAGGAAAACUGUAAGGUAGUAAUACUGAUCUCCAAAAGUUUGGUACAGUAGAGUGUGGAAGUAUGGACGUUUUUCUGUAGCAUAGCUAAAAAUGAAAUACCAGAAAUGCUUUUUUUUUCAAAAUGAAGCUGUAUUUGUAUUGUUUUGUUUGUUUUUAGCUAAACUUUAUUCAUCUUACUUAUAUUUGUAAAAGAUUUUGUUGGACAGGGCAGAAAAGAAAAACAAGGGAAGAAGAGAGAGGGAUGUUGGACGGGGUACGAGGGUGAUUAUA